UCGUCUCCUAGCAACAUCACAACUGAUACCAAAGAUGGCGGAGCCGCCGGUGAUGAGAGUUUUCAUAAACAACAUUAAUUCCUUCUCCUCCGGACACAUCGCCGAGUUUCUGUGUGAGCGCGAGGCUGCAGCACGUGACCACACAGACGUUCAGGAAGUUGCAGCCCUCCAGGUGGUCGGAACGGUCUCCGAACGGCCUCACGAGGACGCGCCGCGCGCGCUGGAGGUUUACUUUGUGGGUGAACAUCUCUUAAACGUAAAAGCUGCACGUCCGGACAGAGAGGAGCUGCUGUCCAAACUGAUGCAGUGUGAUGCUGUGAUCUAUAAUGUCAGCCAGGAGACCGGUCAGGUGGAGGAGGCCGCGUGGGCUGUGACAGCUCUCCAUGGUUUGAUGGGGAGUUUCUCUGGACCAAAGAUGUUCAUCCUCAUCUCUACAGUAAUGACCUGGGCUUCAAGCAAGCCAGUGGAUCCUGAUGAUCCAACGCUUCCUUUCACAGAUGAGAUUUUCUGGAGCAGAAAAGCUCAUCCGAACUUUGCGCGGCACAUUGACCUGGAGAAGAGGGUGGCUAAAAUGGGCAAAACUAAUAGGGAGCUGUUCUCCACCUAUGUGGUGGCGUCAGGACUGCAGUACGGGAUGGGAGAAAACCUAUUCCACUACUUCUUUAAGAAAGCGUGGCUCGGACAGGAGCCUGAAGUCUCUGUAUUUGGAGAUGGCGAUAACAUUGUUCCUACAAUUCAUAUCAGGGAUUUGGCCAGUGUCAUUCAACAUGUGAUCCACCAUCGGCCCAGGCCGUAUUACCUGCUGGCUGUGGAUGGCUCCAAUAACAGCAUGGAGGAAAUCAUAAAGGCAGUGGCCUCCACUCUGGGAUCAGGAAAGAUCCACAAACGACCCAUUGAGGAGGCCCUUCUUGUACAAGACCUGAGUGCAACAGACAUCGAUUAUCUGCUGGUCAGCCUUCGAAUGGAAGCUGUGUUCAUCCGCAAGCUGUUUUCCAUCAGCUGGCACUGUGAGUCUGGGCUGGUGGAGAAUGUGGAUCUAGUGGUGGAGGAGUACCGGCAGACUCGGGGACUGCUGCCCAUCCGGAUGUGUGUGCUGGGUCCUCCUGCGGCGGGGAAGAGCACGGUGUCCAAACAAAUCUGCCAACACUACAAGCUCCAUUACAUCACCCUGAGGGACGCCGUGUCGGAGGCCAUCGCCCAGCUGGAGGAUUCUGUAAAUCUUGAUCCAGAAGCAGAUGAUUCAACGAUGAAGGAUCUUCUAAGCAGCCUAAAGGACAGCAUGAAGCAUAACAAAGAUGUGUCAGAGAACCAGCUGAAGGCGUUGAAGGAGAAACUGAUGUCUAACCCGUGCAGGAACCAAGGUUUUGUCCUCGACGGAUUCCCCAACACAUACGAACAAGCAAAAGAAGUCUUCAGUGGAGCAGAGGAAGAUGAUGAGACGCCCCACAAGGCUUCAUUCAGGAGGGUUGUUCCAGAGUUUGUCUUCACUCUGGACGCGCCGGACAACCUCCUGGUGGAUCGAGUGAUGAACUUGCCAGAGAGCGUGGUGCAGGAGCACAACUAUCAUCCAGAGAACUUCACCAAGCGGUUAGCCACCUACAGAAAAAUGAACACACUUGAGGAAACAGUUCUCACCUUCUUCACCGAGCUGGACAUCCCAUCAUGGCGCCUGGAAAUCACUAGCAGUAAAGAAGCUUACAAUCAACCGCUGAUACAGAAGAUCCUGCAGACGGUGGGCCCUCCCAGGAGUUACAGCCCCUCCAGACAGGAGGUGGAGGAGGAGGAGAGGAGGAAGGCUGAGGAAAUGAUGAAGGAGGAGGCCCUGGCUAAGGCAGAGAGUGAGAGGAGGGAGGCAGAGGAGGAGGAGGCCAGGAGAAGGGCAUCACGUUUGGAGAAGUGGAGUCGGUGUUUGAAGGUUGUGAGACGGCAGAAGGAGGAGCCGCUGAAAGCUGAGGCCCUGAGCUACCUGAAGAGGGAGGUGAUGCCCACGCUGGUGCAGGCUCUGAGCGAAUGCUGCCGAGUUCAGCCUCCAGAUCCUGUGGAUUUUGUGGCAGAGUACUUAAUCAAGAACAAUCCCUCUGACAAGCCAGCCUAAAGUUGUUAUACUCAACUGAGCAAAUAAAUUUCUGUUGGUUCUGCAAAAACGUAACAGGGAAGAAGCAAAACCUUGGGUACCACAGUGAUUCUCCAGCUUUUCAUCGUCACCAACGUUACAUCAAAAAAUUACUUCUGACUGGUACCAUUCUCUACCUGACUUGAUUCAGUCUUGCUUUCAGUUUCAGAUACAGUUUUAUCAUUUAAAUCCAGCAAAUUGUGGUCUAACUUCUGCUAUUUUCUCUCUCAUAUGUAGAUCAAUCUUAAGCCAACUCAGGCCUUUCAAGUGCAGACUGAUUUGAAUCUAAAACAGAAGUUUUUAAAGGAAAGCAUCUUCUCUUUUUGAUAAAGAUGAUCGUUCACUGUAAAAGAACGUCAAACUGGUCAAUAUCUAAUCUAAAACACGAAUAAUACAAUAAUAAUAAUGAAUAUUAUAUUUCAGAUAUCACAUGAUGUACAAUAUUGCAAGUUUUACAUUUAAAUCAAAGACCAAAAAA